UCUAGCUAUUAAAAUAUGCAAAAUGCAUGGCACAUAGUAUGGCUUCCCACUGUUCCCAGGCAUAAAUAUAAAAUUAUCAGUAUUCUUUGUCUGUACAAAGAAGACAUUCUUACAGUUAAUGACUAUGCAAUCCACAAAGCAGCUUCAGAGCAUGCAGACCUUCUCAGUCAGUUGCUUGGGGUACUUCAAAUCUGUUACAAGUGGCUUUGUAGGCCACGUGGGUUAAUAAGCCAUGUGGGUGACGACCUUUACCAUAAAGUGAGACAACAUUUCUACUCAUUCAAGAUGUCCCUGCAUCGAGUUAGUUUCACUGUGAAUACCUCAAGAAGAGCAGCUACCAUUGUGAGGGGCCAUGGCUACUCCAUACCCAGGCAAACACGCCUCUACUGGUCAAGAUCACAUCAAAAACAUCGAAGUAAGCAAUCUUUCAGGAUGUUCAAGAUUUCUGUUGGUGCUACUAGUUUUGCCGGUUUCUUUGGUAUGCUGAGUAGCAAAUCGUACAUUGAUCUGGAGAAAUACCAUUGGAUGGCGUUACCCGUAUCUGGGUGGGAAGCUUUAAAGGGAGACAACAUUGAAAUGCGAUUAAAAAUGGAGAGCUUGUGCAUGGACAUACAAUACAAGCUGUGCCGACAAUUGGAAACGUUCGAGGGGAACGGGAAACGCUUCAAGGUUGAUCGCUGGACCCGGAAGGAGGGAGGGGGCGGGAUUAGUUGUGUGCUACAAGAAGGAGAUGUCUUCGAGAAAGCUGGAGUGAAUAUUUCAGUGGUGCACGGUGUUCUUCCAUUGGCGGCCGUGAAACAGAUGAGAUCUCGUGGGAAGAAUUUACCCGAUUCUGGCAAUUUACCGUUUUAUGCCGUCGGAGUUAGUUGUGUGAUUCAUCCGGUUAACCCCUUAGUGCCUACGGUUCACUUUAAUUACCGUUACUUUGAGGUUAACGACGGGACAGGGGAGAGGCAGUGGUGGUUUGGGGGAGGCACAGACCUCACACCGAGUUACCUAGACGAGAAAGAUGCGACCGAUUUCCACACUGCUCUCAAAAAUGCGUGUGAUGCCCACGACGAAACGUACUACUCGAAAUUCAAAACUUGGUGUGACAAUUACUUCAAUCUAACUCACAGAGGGGAACGUCGAGGGGUGGGUGGGAUUUUCUUUGAUGACCUCGAUUCUCCAUCGCAGGAAAAUUGUUUCAAGUUUGUGGAAAGUUGUGCUAAUUCUGUGAUUCCUUCGUACCUGCCAAUUGUGCAGAGCCAUUACCAAGACGACUACACUGAGCAGCAGAGAGUAUGGCAACAGAUCAGGAGGGGAAGAUACGUUGAGUUCAACCUGGUUCACGAUCGAGGGACCAAGUUUGGCCUGCAUACCCCGGGGGCCCGGAUAGAGAGCAUCCUCAUGUCCCUACCGCUCUCGGCACGAUGGGAGUACAUGCACACACCCCAACCUGGCUCCCCUGAGGAGAAGCUGCUGAAAGUGCUGCAGAACCCAAGGGACUGGGUCUAAUAAACAGACACGAUUUAAUAGAGUUGAAUGAUCUGCAUAGAUCUAUGUCUGUUCUCAUUGAAGUGUUCAUCAUGAACAUAAACACUGUACAAUUGUUCAAGUAUUGUAAUUUUAUGUGAAAUAAUUAUUUUAUGCAAAUC